AUGGGGGAGUAUGAGACUGCAAUUCCUGAAUUAGAAGGAGAAGAAAACUUAAUUGCAGCUGCAAAACAAAUUGUGAGGGCAUUAGGGUCGAAAAAGAACCUUACAGAUGAUGCCAAGAAAAUCUUGGCGGACCUUGGUGCCCAAAUGACUACCAUAACCACCAUCAGUGAAAACGGUGUAGACGAAAUAAGUGAUGAUGAAGGCAGGCUAAGUGUUAUUCAGGAAAAGAUUAUGAUUUGGGAGACAGAUCAAUCUAUGAUCUGGGACUUAGGUCUUGAUGAAGCUACAGAGUACAUAAAUGCUGCUGAUGAAGCUCGUAAAUUGACAGAAAGGCUGGAGACUAUGUGUUUGAAAGAUGAUGGAGAAAAGGAGCUGUUACGGAGGGCGCAUGAUGUUCUUCAAAUUGCAAUGGCAAGGCUCGAGGAAGAGUUCAAGCAUAUGCUCAUUCAAAACAGGCAACCACUUGAGCCAGAACAUUUGUCUUUUCGUUCUAGUGAAGAGGAUGCUGGCUCAGUAAUCUCUCUUGGGGAUGACUCAUUUGAGGAAUCUCUGCGUAGAGAUAGUGUUAGCAGAACUUCAGAGGAAUAUAUUGUUGAUUUAAUUCAUCCUAAUGUGAUUCCUGAGCUCAGAUGUAUUGCAAAUCUGAUGUUCAUUUCUGGUUAUGGUCAUGAAUGUUCCCAAGCAUAUGUUAGUGUUCGACGGGAUGCCUUGGAUGAGUUCCUCUUUAUUCUUGAAAUGGAGAAACUGAGCAUUGAAGAUGUGCUGAGAUUGGAGUGGGGCACCUUAAAUUCCAAGAUCAGGAGAUGGGUUCGUACUAUGAAGAUCUUUGUGCGGGUGUAUCUUGCUAGUGAGAAAUUGCUCUCUGAACAGAUUUUUGGGGAGCAAGAAACAGUUAAUUUGGUUUCUUUUGCUGAUGCUUCAAAGGCUUCAAUGUUGCAACUAUUGAAUUUUGGUGAAGCCAUAUCUAUUGGUCCCCACAAACCGGAAAAGCUUUUUCCUAUUCUUAGCAUGUAUGAGGUCUUAGCAGAUCUUCUUCCUGAUAUAGAUUCAUUAUAUGCAGAUGAGGCUGGUGCUUGUGUUAGAAUUGACUGUCGUGAAGUCCUAAGGAGAUUGGGUGACUCCGUAAGGGCAGCAUUUCACGAAUUUGAAAAUGCUAUUGCAACAAGCAUCUCAGCAAAUUCUUUUGCAGGAGGUGGAAUUCAUCCUCUCACAAAGUAUGUCAUGAAUUACAUCAAUGCUCUCACUGGCUACCGGGGGACCCUCAAUAUUCUCCUCAAGGACCUUGAUGGAGAGGAUCCUAUGUCAUUUUCCCCUGACAUGAGUCCAUCUACAGAAGAAGAGAGCACCAGGGAAGGUGCAUGCGAUGGUUCACCAUUGGCUCUCCAUUUCCGAUCAGUUGCUUCAAUUCUAGAAUGCAAUCUUGAUGACAAGGCCAAGUUAUACAGAGAUGCUUCUUUGCAGCACAUAUUCUUGAUGAACAACAUACAUUACAUGGCUCAAAAAGUUAAGAAUUCUGAUCUUCGCAUUAUAUUUGGAGAUGAGUGGAUUCGAAAGCACAACUGGAAAUUCCAACAGCAUGAGAUAAACUAUGAAAGAGCUACUUGGAGUUCCAUCCUCGCUAUACUGAAGGAUGAGGGGAACUCCAAUUCAUCAAAAACUCUACUCAAAGAAAGGUUUCGGAACUUUUAUCUCGCUUUUGAAGAGGUUUACAGGACCCAGACAGCAUGGUCUAUCCCUAAUACUCAGCUUCGAGAGGAUUUACAGAUCUCAACAUCCCUCAAGGUGAUUCAGGCUUACCGGACAUUUGUUGGAAGGCAUACCAAUCAUAUAAGUGACAAGCACAUUAAGUACAGUGCUGAUGAUUUACAGAAUUACUUGCUGGAUCUCUUUGAAGGGUCUCAAAGAUCAUUGCAUAAUCCCCACAGGAGAUGA